AUGGGCACUGCAGGGACGGAUGUCUGCAGCUCUGAUGCAGGUGGGGAGAGGCCUCCCCAGUCCCAGCUCAGGAAGCUGGCCAGAUCAGAGCGGAAGAAGUCCCCCCCUGGGGAGUCUACUUGGAAAACAGGAGCUUCUGGGGAGGCUGGGUCUGAGGUGGAGGGCUCAGAGAUCUGGUGUCGGAAAGCGCAAAGACUUGCCAGAGGUCGGGGAGUAAAUAGCAGCAGCGCUUGGAGCACGCUCCACUACCCCAUUCCCCCAACUACGUGUGACUCUACUUCAGGGAAAAUAGGGCGAGGGAUCCUCCGGCUGCCAAACUCUCGGGAAGUAAACAAGGAGGCCGCCGCCCCGCUGGAGGUGCCGGCGCCCGCUGUAGGCCGGACCUCAGCCGGCGGGGACCAGCGGCCGCGGGGCCUGAGGCGGUUUCCCUCCCUUUUCCCUCCGCAGGUCACGCAGAUCCUCGGGGACUCCUCUCCCUACACGCUGGUGGCGAAGAAAAUUGACCUGCCGGAGUACCAGGGGGAGCCGGACGAGAUCUCCGUGCAGAAGUGCCGCGAAGCCGCCCGGCAGGUUCAGGGACCUGUGAUAGUAGAGGAUACCUGCCUGUGCUUCAAUGCCCUGGGGGGGCUUCCAGGACCGUACAUAAAAUGGUUCUUGGAAAAACUCAAACCAGAAGGCCUGUACAAGCUCCUGGCUGGGUUUGAAGACAAAUCUGCCUACGCUCUCUGUACCUUUGCAUUCAGUACUGGAAACCCAGAGGAGCCAGUGAAGCUCUUCAAAGGCCAGACUCAUGGGCUGAUAGUGGAGCCCAGAGGCCCUCGAGAUUUUGGCUGGGAUCCCUGCUUUCAGCCAGACGGCUACAAUCAGACUUACGCUGAACUGCCCAAGGCAGUGAAGAACUUGAUCUCGCACCGUUACAGAGCACUGAGCGAGCUCUCUGCUUUCUUUCUUCAAAGCAGCUCGACACAGCCCUGCUCUGGUCCCAGCUAGCCGCCCUGGGCUGCGGGCACCCGGUGUUGUCCGUGUCGCGUACCGCCCUGGGAGAGCUCUGCUCCGCUGCGGGCUGACAUUAAAGCUGCUCUUUCUGAAGCCGCCAGUA